AUGUCGCAUGCUAUUUGCAGGUUGAAGAUAAAAUAUGGUAUAAUAUCUAUGUUGAAGUACCGAAUACCAUUAUGGAAACGGGUUGCUUAAAUUUCAGAUUCUAUGGAUCUUUCCUUCCAGAGUGAUGGCUCUGCAGAAGCACGAUUAACCACAGACACAAAUAAGAAGCACCAAGACAUUUCAAAGCAAAAGACCAUAGGUGCGCCUGUGAUAGUGGAAACUCUGUCAGAAGAUUUAUCCUUGUUGAGCAUACCUGAAGUAUUUAAACAAAGAGAACAAACAAGAGCCAAAAACAAUGUCUUCGACAGUAGUGAAUUACAUAUGUCGAGUAUGAGUGAGGCCUCUGUUAUUGUUGCUGAAUCGUUAAAUUCAAACAGUUCAUGCUCAUACAAUCAAGAAAAUGAUACUAAUGUUGCAUCAUCAUCUAAGAAUCGCAAAUUACCCAAAGAUAAGAAGCAAAGUUACGAUUGUGAUACACUUACUAGUCCAGGGAAACAUUUAGCUUCGAUUAUAAAAGCAAAAAAACCCAAUAUAUGCGAAGGAAACAGUGGCUCUGAUGUUGAUAAUAUACAAGACAAUACUUUGAAAAUGGAAGCUUCAAGUUGUAAGGAAACUCUUCUCAUUAAUCAGCAACCAAUACGAUUUUAUUGCCUACAGAACAAAGUAGCUGUCGUUAUGUCAAAAGAUGCACAAUUUUGCUUUACUGGAAAAUUAGUCGCGCAAGUGAUUUAUGGUGCAAUAGAAGUUUAUGGAUACGUUAUUACUGCACAGAACAAUCCAAUGGAAAUUUAUUCACCCAGAGGAUACAGUAACGUUUCGAUUAAAGCGAGCGAAAAAUUUUCGCAAAAUGUCGGGUCAGAUAUUUGGGUGUUUCUUUCCAAAGAAGGUAUUUAUCAAAACCAAGAAAACAGAUUGGUCGACGAGAUCAAACAGAUUAAACCUGGCGUGACGAUUGUCUUGUUAUCCAACUUGGAAAACAAAUUGACCAGAUUUUUACAUGUCUUUUAUCCGUUUAAACUAUUUCCGGAAAUAAAAAAUGUACCUUAUCAUUCUUGGAUCGACACCAAAAGGGCUGAGAGAAUAUUACAAUCGAAUCUUUAUGUUGAUAAUCACGCGUGUAAAGAAAUAAUUGUUGAUCCACGUGUUGCGCAAGAAGUUGCUGAUAAAAUAUUGACUCGUUGGAAUGCGAACGAAUGGUCGUGUACUUUAAUAGCCGGUGGGAAGAGCGUUGGAAAAUCAACUACGAUGCGCUACUUGAUAAACAGUCUGCUACCUGUUUCAAAAAUGGUAGUUCUCUUGGAUGUUGAUCCAGGACAAACAGAAUGCACGCCAGCCGGCUGUAUAUCGUACAGUUUGAUCGAACAACCCUUGAUGGGACCAAAUUUCACGCAUUUAAAGACUCCGGUUUUCCAAGUGUAUAUCGGAGAUGUAAACGUGUCACGAUGCAUUACACGAUAUAUCGAGAGUAUCAAAAUGUUAGUUGACAAAUUGUCAAGUUGUCCAAUUUUGUCACGACUACCUAUUGUCAUAAACACAAUGGGUUUUUCACAAGGUAUUGGUUGGGACAUUAUUUUAUUUACAAUCAAAUUGAUUCGACCUUCUUUCGUGGUACAGAUUAUGUCUGAAAAGCCAAAAAAUAAUUAUAUUGGAUAUUUAAGUAAAGAAGUAGUAAAUCAACAGGUAAUUGCUACUAUUUCCACCAAUAGCAUUAUUCAAAUAAUAGAUGUGACGGAAGAAACGCAUUAUUUAUAG